AUGGCCAAAUCUGCUUCUCUACAGAAAUUGAAAUUCAAAGAGAGUAUUAUACCAACCAUUAAAGACCCAAUUUCUGCUAAAGUUCUCUUGAAUCGUUUGACCAAUUUGUUCAAUGAAUUGACUUCCGUUGAUCAAGAAAAAGUGGAUUUAUCCACGUUUGAUGCAGUUAAAAAGGACUUGGUUAAUCAAAAAUUGCUUAAACAUAAUGAUCAAGGUGUCUCAGUAUACGUUGCUUCAUGUAUAGCCGAUUUAUUGCGAAUCUACGCACCAGAUGCUCCUUUUACUGCAAAUCAAUUAACUGAUAUAUUUAAGUUAUUUUUAAAAAAUUUCAAAAAUUUAGGUAAUCCUGAUGGUCCAUAUUACGACCAAGUGGUCUAUCUUCUAAAGCGACUAGCUGAAGUCAGAAGUAUUAUUUUAAUUACUGAUUUACCUAAAUCUGAAUCUUUAAUCGAAAAAUUAUUCGAUUUAUUUUAUAACGUUCUUUCAACUAAAAAUGUUCAAAAAAACUUGAUUCCGGUUAUCUCAAUGAUUCUUGGUGAAGUUAUAGCAGAAGCUGAAUCAAUCCCCUUAUCCGUAUUGAAAUUAAUAUUGAAUAAAUUUCUAACCAAUACAACUAAUCCAUCGAAUAUAAAUUUGAUAACUUCUUCUUUAAAUAUCUCAUCGCCAUCUUUUGCAUAUACAGUAGCAAUAUGCCAGACCAAUUCUGAUAGAUUAUCAGCUCAAUUAAAUAAAUUCAUAUCCGAUAUAUUAAAUGAAAAUAUCCGUCUAAUUGCAAAUGAUGAAGAAGAAGAUGAUGAUAUAGAUCCAAAAGUUGCAAUGAAAAAUCUUGAAAAAGUUCAUAAAUUAAUCGUUGAAAUAUGGAAAUACGUGCCAGAUUUAUUAUCUUCAGUAAUGGGUUUAAUCGAUGAUGAAUUAUUGUCUGAUGAUGUCAAACAAAGAGUUCUUGCAACUGAAGCCAUCGGGAAAAUUAUAGUUCAUCAGUCCCCAAAGGUCAAUUUUGUUGUCAAACACCAUGAAACCUGGAUAAAAUGGCUUAAAAAAACCUUGGAUAUAUCUCCUCAAGUUAGAAUAAAAUGGAUUGAAGAAAGUUCAAAAAUUUUGGUUUCUAGAACUGAUUUAAUUGCAGAUAUCUCUAAUGGUAUCUCUAAAUCUUUAAUUGAUUCGGAUGAAAAAGUCAGAUUAUCUGCUUGCAAAAUGUUAAAUGAAAAUUUGCAGCCUUCCGUUUUUAUUAGCAGAUUUAGUAAUAAUAUCACAAUAAUGAAAACAUUAGGCCAAUUGGUAAGAGAAAAACAUUCGGAAAUUAGAAACGAAGCUAUAAAAAUAUUGGGAAAUUUGUAUAAUUAUGCCAUUAAUGAUUUAAUAUCUUUAGACCUUGACAAUUUUAGCACUAUCAAGCAAAAAGAUAAUAAAAAGGACGAUUCUUCAGAUCUCAAUAAUAAAAAUGAUUUGGUUUCAUGGAUUCCAAAUAGCAUUUUUAAUUUAAUUUAUAUUAACGACAAAGAAAUUAAUUAUUCUGUUGAUAUUACAUUAUUUGAACAUUUCUUUCCAAUUGAAUCUAAUAAUGAAAUCCGUGUAAAAAGACUUUUAUAUAUUUUAAAUUCUUUAGAUGAUAGGGCUCUAAAAUCAUUUCAGGCUUUUAACAAACGACAGAAACGUUUAUCAGAAGCAUUCCUCACUUUGUUAAAUUUAUGCGAGAAAUUUAAUGGGGGGACUAUAUCAGAUCAGAAACAAAAAGAACUUCUAGAGAAAAAUAUUAAUAAGGUAUUACAAUGGCUAUGUGUUCAAAUGCCUGGAAAUUUAAACACGUAUAACGUUUUGGAUAGAUUUGUCAAGCUUAAUAAUAGGAGGCUAUUUCAUUUAAUAAAACUAUGCGUUUCAUCUGACAGUGAUUAUGAAACUAUUAAAAAUUCGUUGAAAGAACUAUUUAAUAGAUUGACUGAUUCUAAAACUAUCAAUAACCUUCCUAGUAGUGGUCAGAAUGAAUUAAUUUCAGUUUCAACAACAGACAUGAUAAAAAAUUUCAAAUUGUUUAUGUACAGAUCUAGUGUUAUUUUUUUCAACAAAAGCAACAUUUCAAUUAUAAUGAGCUACACUAAAGAUGAAACAAGUCCAUUUAACAGAAUCGCUAAUGAAAUAAUAGAACAGAUUUCUAAUAUUAUUCCAAACGUUUUUCAAAAUCAUAUUCAUGAUGGAAAAAUUUCUGAAGAUGAAAUGGAGGUUGAUAAACCAUAUGAUAUAAAUAUCAAAUCAUUAAAAGCUUCAUUUCUUUUUUUCAAAAGAUAUCCUAGUUAUUUACCUACAGAUGAACAUUACUUUAAUUCGCUAAAAGAUUUUUCAAUCAAUGGAAGUCCAUUGGAAGCCAAAUAUGCUAUUAAAAUAAUUUGUCUUUCUAAGCAAAAUGAAAGCUUAUCAAGUUCUAUUUUUAAAGAAUUAUAUCCAUUGAACUAUAAAAGCUCUAACUUUGUGACAUCUUUAUCUACAAUUGCCGAGUUAUUUUUAUAUCAAAAGUCAUUAGUAGAGCCUGAGGCAGCUGAAAUAACAUCUUAUUUAAUCAAAGAAGUUCUUUUAGAGAAUCGUGUUUCUGCAGAUGAUGAAAAUGAUCCUGAUUGGAUUAGGAAUGGUGAGCUAGAAAAUAAAGUUUAUGAUGAGUGUUAUGCCAAAGUUUUUGCGCUUAAAGUUUUUGUUAAUAGACUUAAAUCUUUGGAGAGCGAGCCCAAUGCUGAAGAAUUGGCAGUGAUGGUUUUGAAAUUGUUUGUUUCGUUAAUUAGUAAUGGUGGAGAAAUUGUUUCCAAGAAAUCUGCAAAUUGGCCUACUCCAAAACAUUUUCAGGCAAUAUUGAGAUUAAACACUGGCUUAAUGUUUUUAAAAUUGGCUAAAUUGCCAGUUUAUAGUAAAAUGAUUAGGCCUUCAACUAUUAGCACAUUAAUAUUUCUUAUACAAGAUGAGAAUAUCAAUGUAAGGAAAGAGUUUGUGACCAAAUUGAAAAAAUACUUAAACAAUCAAGUAAUUUCAGAAAGGUUUAUACCAUUAAUUUUUUUUAUUGCUCAUGAACCAAAUGAUCAAUUUAAACUUGAUGUCCGGACAUGGAUUAAGUCAUCUUUUAAUAGAAAAUUGCAAAUUAAAGAAGGAAGCAAAGACAUCACAUUUGAAAGAAGUUUUGUGAGAUUGUUACAUUUAAUAACUCAUCAUCAUGAGUUUAUUGAUUUAAACGAAAAACAAAAAGCUGAAGAUAAUAAGUUAUUUUUUGCUUAUAGUUUUGCGAUGGUUUAUAUAUCAUUUUAUUUGGAUUGCAUUGCUACACAAGAAAACAUAUCAUUAUUAUAUUAUUUUUCCAAUCGAAUAAAACAGUAUAGAGAUGCAUUAGUUGCUGGAGAGCUUUAUGAAUUAGAUAAUCCACCGGAUUCAAUCUAUAGUAUAUAUAGAGUGUCUGAGCUAGCAUGUAUGCUGAUAAAGGCGCUUGCUAAACAAAAAAAUUGGAUAUUACAAACAUGGCCAGGAAAAAUUCAAUUAUUUGCAGAUUUAUUCUCUCCAAUGCAAUCAACUAAAGAAGCACAAAAAGUUGCAUCUACUGUUUUUAUAAAAGAAAGUAUCUUAAAACGACUACAAAGUCAAGUUGAAACUGAGACUGGGAUUAAAAAACAUGUCAAAAUUCCUCCAACUACUCCAGCUAAGAGAGGAAGAAAAAGAAAAUCGAUUGAAAAGACACCUUCAGCUAAAAAAGAUAAAAAAAUGGCAAUUAACACACCAGUUAGAAGAAGUAGUCGUGCUAGAAAAAUCGUAAAUUAUGCUGGAGAUUCAGAAAGUGAAGGUGAAACUGGAGACGAAUUCGACGGGGAGAGCAGUAUUGAAGAUUAA